AAUACGCACGUAUAUUAAAUUACCUAAGGCGAAAAUCAGGUCGUUUUUUGUUUUAAAUAUGUACAAAAUACGUGAAAAUAUCACAAGAUGACCGUAGUUUUGUCUUGGAUUUAAUAUCCUGCGUAGCAACAUGAGUGAAAUCGUUGAAAAUCCCGCAGAAAAUAGUUGGCUUUGGAACUGGCUAAGAUGGUGCCCAACAUCAGAAUCGCUUCUCGAAGACGCCGAAUCGAGAAUAUUGAAAACUUUAAACAUCGACCAGAAAGGACGGUACAUCACAACCACCCAACAAGAUCAUAUCUGGACAGUGGUCUUCAAUCCAGAUGGUAAAAAAACCCCGGUGUUGAUGAUACAUGGACUUGGAGCAGGCCUUGGUAUUUGGGUCAUGAACAUUAAAGAACUUGCAGAGGACAGGCCGGUAUAUGCAAUUGAUCUCUUAGGAUUUGGCCGUAGCUCAAGGCCAAAUUUUGAUGAGGAUCCCCAGAUUGUUGAGGAAACAUUUAUCAACUCAAUUGAAGAUACUGUAAAGGAGUUAGGUCUUGAGACUUGUAUUUUGAUCGGACACAGUUUUGGUGGAUAUCUAGCAUAUGCCUACGCAAUUAAACAUCCGGAACAUGUAAAAUCAUUGAUCCUGGUUGAUCCUUGGGGAUUCACAGAGAAGACGCAAGAUUGGGAAAGCAACGAGUCUGUACCAAAGUGGAUUAAAAUUAUGGCAGCCAUGUUAAGUCCUUUCAAUCCCUAUGCUGCUUUAAGAUUUGUUGGACCACUUGGUCCAGUCUUCCUACGGACGACGCGACCAGAUUUGGAGAAAAAAUUCACAAGCGUCUUCAAUGAUGACACAAUACCAAACUAUUUGUACCAUUGCAACGCACAGACACCCAGUGGCGAGACCGGUUUUAAAAGGUUGACCAUUCCAUAUCUUUGGCCGAGGUUUCCAAUGAUGCGUCGCAUUGAAGACUUGAGUCCUGAAGUCAAGGUUUUCAUGUUAUUUGGCUCCAGGACUCGGAUUGAUGACAGCAUAACGAAUGAUAUUAAACACAGAAGACCGGAACAGUUUGAAAUAUGCAGCAUCAAAAAUGCAGGCCAUCACGCCUUUGCUGACAGACCCGAUGCAUUCAACAAAAUGGUCAAAGAUAUUUGUCAAAAAGUUGAGACGACUUCGACUUAACUUAACUGGCCGCGGGAAGCAUGCAUUGUUAUGUUAAUCCGCUUGUCAGUUCUUAGAAUUGUAAAUAGCUUUCGAGAAAAACAGGAAGUUGAUUGAGGUCAUGGUAGAGAUACGGUAAAAUUUAUAGGGGUACGCAAUUUUUCAAUUCACGAGACUAAAUUUCUACGGAAAAUCUCGCGUUUUAAUUUACGGUGAAAUCAGGCUCAGCACUGGGCAAAGCCCACAGCCACAGGACUUGUUUUAGUUAGUAAAAUUAUGGGAGCAUAUAAAUCUGGUUGAACAUACAAUGUAAAUAAUAUAUGUGCAAAUUA